CAAUCAGCGUGCAGGAGCUCCGGGCCUGGGGAGCGGCGGGGGCCGGGCUCAAUCACAGCCAGGCGGGCGUCGGAGAUGACUGGUUUGAGGCUGCGCGACGCCGGGAGUUCCCACGGUCCUGCCGACGCCUCGGUGAUCCCCCACUGCAGCCUUCUGCAGUGGACACUGAGGCACAGAAUGAUCUGGAAAGUAGCUGUGCUGCUCAGCCUGGUCCUGGGUGCCGGUGCUGUUCCUGUUGGUGUGGACGAUCCUGAGGAUGGUGGCAAGCAUUGGGUGGUGAUUGUUGCAGGUUCCAAUGGCUGGUAUAAUUACAGGCACCAGGCAGAUGCGUGCCAUGCCUACCAGAUAAUUCACCGAAAUGGGAUUCCUGAUGAACAGAUCAUCGUCAUGAUGUAUGAUGACAUUGCCAACUCUGAAGACAACCCUACUCCAGGUGUUGUGAUCAACCGGCCCAACGGCACAGAUGUGUACAAGGGGGUCCUAAAGGACUACACCGGAGAGGAUGUGACCCCAGAGAACUUUCUCGCCGUGUUGAGAGGCGACGCUGAGGCUGUGAAGGGCAAGGGCUCUGGAAAAGUCCUGAAGAGCGGUCCCCAGGAUCAUGUGUUCGUUUACUUUACUGACCAUGGAGCUACUGGAAUCCUGGUGUUUCCUAAUGAUGAUCUUCAUGUCAAGGACCUGAACAAGACGAUCCGCUACAUGUACGAACACAAAAUGUACCAGAAGAUGGUGUUCUACAUUGAAGCUUGUGAGUCUGGCUCCAUGAUGAACCACCUGCCUCAUGACAUCAAUGUUUAUGCGACCACUGCUGCCAACCCCAGUGAGUCAUCCUAUGCCUGUUACUAUGAUGAGGAGAGGAGCACAUACCUGGGCGACUGGUACAGCGUCAACUGGAUGGAAGACUCAGACGUGGAGGAUCUGACCAAGGAGACCCUCCAUAAGCAGUACCAACUGGUGAAGUCGCACACCAACACCAGUCAUGUCAUGCAGUAUGGGAACAAAUCGAUCUCUACCAUGAAACUGAUGCAGUUUCAGGGUAUGAAGCACAGAGCCAGCUCCCCCAUCUCUCUGCCUCCAGUCACACACCUUGACCUCACUCCAAGCCCGGAGGUGCCUCUGGCCAUCAUGAAAAGACAGCUGAUGCGCACCAAUGAUCUGAAGCAAUCCCAGUAUCUUGUCGGGCAGAUCCAGCGGCUUCUGGAUGCCAGGCACAUCAUCGAGAAGUCAGUGCACAAGAUUGUCUCCUUGCUAGCAGGGUUUGGGGCUGAGGCCGAGAAGCUUUUGUCAGAGAGAGCCCCACUCACAGCACACGACUGCUACCAAGAGGCCGUGACCCACUUCCGCACACACUGCUUUAACUGGCACUCCUCCACGUACGAAUAUGCCUUGAGACAUCUGUAUGUGCUGGCCAACCUCUGUGAGAAGCCGUAUCCGAUUGACAGAAUCGAGGUGGCCAUGGACAAGGUGUGCCUCAAUCACUACUGAACAGCUGCUUCUUGAUGGUUCUCCGAUAUGAACACCGUCCUGUGGAGUCGGAAGGCAGCGCCUGUGCCCCAGCCUCCCUGGAAUGCUGUAGGGCCACCCUGAGGCCUCACCCAGACCUUUCCUUCAUAAGAUGCUUGCUCACUAAGCAACUAGUUCGGGUGGGUAAAGCUCUUUGUGGAGAAGGAACUUCUGCUUCUUUGGCAUUUUUUUUUGCCCGUUAGCUUUCAGGAGCAAGUUCACCAGGGUUUCUGUAGCCAGUGGAAGACUGCUCUGGGAGAGUUGAAGCUGGCAUCUCUUUAAGUCUUCAAAACGAUGUUACUGAAGAGGAGUACAAGCCCCAAAGGGAAAUUAUUUUUAGAAAAUACUAUAAUUUUUGAUUGCUUUUAUAUUUUAUUCUGCAAUAAUGGAUGUCCUACAGAAAUAAAAGAUUUAUAAAGUGAA